GAAGUAUUGGAUUGAGAAAUCAUACGUUUUCCUAAAAUAUUCACAUAUACGGAGUCACUCCAGUAAAAUCUGUGAAUCCGCUCGACUUAUUGUAAUAAUAGCUGCGAUUUAUUUAAUCCCGAUUCAGCGAUACUUUGUCAUAACAUUCCCUCCUUGUUUGUAGUACAGAAAAAGAUCGUACAAUCACUCUUUCUACUGUUUCUCCUUUCUUUAUUCAACCACAAACAAUCUCAUUGUUAAUUUCUAUUAACAAAUUCGAGAACAACUCUCCUUAAUACAAAUACAUAAGCCUUCGAAAACUACAAACUUUGUCCCUUCCUCCUCAUUCAUACAUCAACUUCAACACAAAUCUAGAUCAUUACGAAAGGACUUAACUCAACAUGUUGUUCAGGACAAUUCAAAUCACACUCUUUUCAACCCUCUCCUUGGCAGCACCGACUGCUUCGAAUAACAUCUUUGGACGUGGAACAACAGCCAUCGCCCUCAUUAAUGGAAUAGCCCCCGAUGCGGUAAAUAGCUGCACCGCUGCAGAAUUUCCAGCCGAGUGUGCUACAGCCGCCCAAGCCGCCAUCGGUAUCUCCAAAGCAGUUGGAGGUGCGCAAUUUCACGCCGGAGAAAUCGGUGCCAUGACAGCUGUCAUGGCCUACGAAACCGCCAGUUUUCAAUACAACAUCAACCAUUUCCCCGGUAACCCAGGUCAGGGAACCCGCAACAUGCAACACCCAAACUACAACCUCCAGUAUGCGCGAUCCAUCGACGCCCUCAAGGAACCUCUUGCAAAGAUUACGACAGCUACUACCACCGAGGGUCUGCCAAAUGCUACUCUGAAUGCAAUUAUGGCUUUGGUUACUCCUGAUGAGUAUACAUGGGGAAGUGCACCAUGGUAUCUAAAGACGCAAUGUGAUGCUAGUGUGAGAAAAGGUCUCGCGGCUGGUUCUGACGAUGCUUGGACGGCGUAUCUGGAGUGUAUUGGUGCUGGUGAUGAUUUUCCCGAACGAAAGGUUUUCUGGGAUAGAGCUAAGAAAACUUUGGGAGUGGGAGUUUAAGGGUGUGGAAGUUUAUGAGAAUGAAUGUUCUAUUCCCCCCUGGUCGGAGGGAAGAGUUGAUUCUUUUGGGCCAUACUUUUCCUUUGUCAAUAAUACAUUUCCUUUUUCUACUUGAUACCAAUUUUACAUGCUCUUCUAUGUUAUGUUAUAUUAUGCUAUAUUAUGUUCCUGGCGAACCUAGCCUAACCUAACCUACUUAU